CCGGAAUUAACGAAGGAUGCGGAAAGCAUUGGAUGUGCUACUAUCGAUAUCCCAAAGGGAGAUUAUUUCUAUUCUUCUUACGGACAGAGAUGCAUGGAAUUCUUGAGGUCUUUGCCAGCGGGGUCACUGGUGCUGGGUCCUAGGGAACAGGUGAACAGCAGAGUGCCUACCUGGAUGGCUCUGUCAUCUACGGAAUCAAACAGCCUUUGCCAAUGGGGGACCCUUUGAGGAGCUUCCAAGAUGGCUUGCUUAAAGAAACUGUAUCCAAAUACGGGGAACACCUCCUUCCGGUCUCGAUGGACGGAGGGAUGCUUUGCAACAUACCAAGUCACAUGGCAAACGGCGAAUUCUGCUUCCUUUCGGGGGACGACCGCAUCAACGAAGUGCCAUCCCUCGUCCUCUUCCACGUUGUCAUGGCUCGGGAACACAACAGGGUGGCGAAGAUCCUGAAGAGCCUUCGGCCCAACGCUUCUGACGAGGAGCUUUACCAGGAAGCCAGGAGGAUUGUGGCGGCAGAGCUCCAGCACGUCACUUACAACGAGUUCAUCCCCACACUCGUCCCCCUGGCCCUUCUGCAAAAGCACGACCUACUUCCCAAAACCGGCAGAAACCAAACGACUUCCUACGACCCCAAUAUGGACGUGUCGAUUGCUAAUUCAUUCGCCACUGCUACUUACCGCUUUGGGCACUCGGAGAUCCCGGAUAACAUCACCAUGGCAUCGCCCCAGGCAACUGUUUCGAGUGAAGAGUUGUCCUCCAUGUUCGAUCCUUUCGCGUUAUAUCGCAACAACUCGGUCGAAUUAUUGGGCAGGGGGGCGUCCUCUCAGAAGGCUCUGAAAUUCGACUCUUUCUUCACAAAAGAGGUCACCGUGAAACUCUUCCGAGGCAACAACACUUUCGGCCUUGACCUGUUGGCCCUGAACAUCCAGAGGGGCAGGGACCACGGGCUACCCGGGUACACGAAAUUCCUGGCCAAAUGCGGCAUGCCCAACAUCAAGACAUUUCAGGAUCUACUGGCUGUCAUGCCCAACGCAAAUAUGGUGGCACUGAGUACAGUUUAUAAGAACGUGGAAGACAUAGACCUCUUCGCAGGCGGUAUAUCUGAGACUCCCAUGGACGGAGGAAUUCUGGGAUUCACCUUCAGCUGCCUAAUCGUAGACCAGUUCAAGAGGAUCAAAUUUGGAGACAGGUUCUGGUACGAGGAGAAGAACCAGGCCGGUUCCUUCACGCCAGAACAAAUGGAGCAACUGCACAAGGCGACCUUCUCAAGAAUCCUCUGCGACAACGUUCCUACGAUGAACAAUGUCCAACAGUACCUCCUGAAGGUCCCAGGUCCUCAGAAUCUUGUAGUAUCCUGCAACUGCUCGAGCAAUUCGCCAAUUCCCUGCCUAGACUUCAGUCCUUGGAAGAUUUAACGCCGUGAUCUCUUCUCUCUGUUUUUUCCCUUACAACUCCUGUUACUUCGUUGUAAUGAAUAUCUUUAUAUUCCUUGGAAGAUUGAAUUUCAGGCCAAUUGUCCCUGAUGUAGGCCUGCCUGUUACAUAGGAAAAGGGGUCCUCUUCUGAAUAAUAAUAAUAAUAAUAAUA